GUGAUAUCGUGCUCUGGCUGUGGACUGUUUGAUAACCACUUCCGUUUUUUCCCCUCACUAGUCCACAUUUGCGUUUACCUUGAAAGAUAGAAAGACAUUGUAGAAAGGUUUUUGUUGGUUUAAACUAACGUUUAGGAGGUCGACUGCUUGAGGAAUUUUAUGGAGCAUAAUAAUGGAGAUACUUCUAGCUGGGCGAUGCAGCGACGAAUGGAAGGUUUGGUCAACAAACACAUGGCAGACAUAGCUCUGGAAACACUCCAGCAGAGACUUUCAGCUGUGUCCGACGAAAUGAACAAUCUUGCGGAACAUGUUUCGAGACGCUCGGAGGAUAUUCCCAAAGAUGAUAUUUCAAGACGACCUGAUGUCAACUUUGACGUUGAGUCGCUGAGUGCGACGUUUAGCACGGGUGGUGUUGGGGAAAAGUUGUUGAUGCCAGGCACCUCGUCAUCAGCAGAGACGGCUGCCCAGCGUAAAAUAAUCUCCUUGCUGGUGGAGAUCAAGGAGGAGCAGCAGAGACAGUGGGCAGUGUUGAGGGAGCUGCAGGCCAGGGUUCAGGGCCAGAGCUUUCCAGAGGUAGAGGAGGAGGUGGAGGCUCUAGACAUUGACAUCCCUCUGAGGACCAUGGAGCAGCUAGAUGACACCGAGAGGCACCUGGAGGAUGCCGGAGCACAGAAGAGAAUGGUGUCUCACCUGUCACGGAUGGGCGGGGCCACAGUGGAUGAUGCAGUGCGAAGGCUCAUGCAGGCUGUGCUAUCUUUCGCUGUGGGCUCUGAGCUCAACUGGGUGGGCCGCGGCCAGAAAAGGAGCUUCAGAAACACCCGCCUCCAAGGGGUUCUCUUCCGUGCUCUGAAAAGAACCCCUGUGGGCAAAGAGGCCACACAUCAUCAGUUUGCAGACGUGGUGAAGAAAUGGCUGCGGUACACCCCGUUCAGACAGGGAGGGAGUGGUCGACGGCUUUACAAACCACCUGUUGAGUUCCUGUGUCCAAAUGAAUGUUCUCCAAUAGACACACCCCAUGAAGCUCCUCACCAUCACAGAUCUGUCCGGUGUGGUGUGCUGUUCGAAUCCCCAAGCUGACAAGGUACAAAUCUGUUGUUCUGCCCCUGAACAAGGCAGGUAACCCACUGUUCCUAGGCUGUCAUUGAAAAUAAGAAUUUGUUCUUAACUGACUUGCCUAGUUAAAUAAAGCUAAAUAAAAUCCCUGUUAAUACCUGUAUAAUUAAUUCAAAGCAAAUAUGCUGCAAAACCUGUUGAUAAAAGUUGUAUUGCAUUUAAUGCUUUGAAGGUACUGAUUAGUAAGCUUUCCUGCAGAUUUCGACUAAUUCUUGUAAUGAGAGUAUUGGCAAAUAUAUAGUUAACCCAAUUGGCCUGCAUGGCUCAUAAUAUGCCAUGGACGUUACAGUUUGUAGUAGGCAUAUGUUUUCAUCCUCAUGAAAACCCAGGCUUCCAGGUUAUUCAAAUCACCACCUUUCUGCACAUUGUCACUCAGUGUUAUGAUUGAAUGUCAGAGACGCGAAAGCAAUUUAUUAUAUGUUAGUCAUAUAAAUGUCCAUAUAAGCUUUCUUGUAACAAACAUAAUACAUUGUAAAUGUCCAUAAAUACAUUUUUGAAAAUACAUAUUUCUCAUUCA